AUGAAGCGCAAGAAGUGGUCAGAGCUCGAAGAACAAACGCUUCUGACCAAAUACUCCGACCUCGACACCUCCGGCGCCCUAGCGAAGCUAAAAACCAGAGAAAAGAAAUUCAAGCCAAUCGCCGAACAUGUCAACUCCGUCCACCACCUUCGUGACCCGAGCAGCUUCCCGUUCAAGUGGUCAUGGCGUGACGUAUCAAUAAAAGUCCAAAACAUGCGUCAUCAGUACUUAGGAGUGAAGCAAAAAAUUAGGGUUUCGGAUAGCGAAUACAACUGGAAAGACGGGGAGAAUCACUGGGAGAAUUUCAUGAAGUAUAAGGAAGUUUUCGGCGACAUCGAGCUCGAAUCUAGAGACAACAAGCGGUUUAGCGACGUCGGCGGCGAUCUAUUUGCCGAUUCCGGUUUUGCGUAUUCACGUAACGGUGGAGAUGAGUUUUUCGGAUUAGGUUUUGACGAAUUGCAGAACGAUGAAGAUGACGAUAACGAUAACGAUGACGAUGGUGAUAGUGAGAAAGAGGAAACCGAUGAUUCUGGUUCAGUUCACGUGAAGAAGCUUCGGAAAGGAGUAGGUGGGAGGAUGUUAGGGUUAGUCGGAGCUCAAAUGUUGGAGCUGAGAGAUGUUGUGUUGAGGAGAGAAGAGAAGAGGAGGAGGAGAGAGGAAGGUGGUUUAGCGAGAGAAGAAAGGAAGAACAUAAACAUCCAUGGAAAAGAAAAGGAUGACGAUGCUGAAGAAGAAGAAGAAGAAGAAGAAGAAGAGUUGUUAAUGGUGAUGGGGAGAAGGGAAGUGGAGAGCAGGGUGAAGUUAGAAAUGGAAUUCGAGGAGGAGAGGAGGCGGCGGAUGGCGGUGGAGGAGCGGUGGGAGGAGGAGGAGAUGAAAUGGAGGGAGAAGAUGAUUCUUGGAGUUAUGGCUAGGGUUUUUUGUCAGUUUUUUGGAUCUGGGAAUGAUGGAUUGGGGAAUUUGGGUCCACAGGUUUUGCAGAAUUUGCAGCAUCCAGGUGUUUUGGAUGACAAUGGAAAGCCAGAUGCAAAUUCACCUUCAGAAUUCUUGUAA